CCCCGGAGCUGACAUCUCCCUGCCCAGCCAUGGGCCCCCACCUGCUCCUGCUGCUGCUCCCGGGACUAGCAGGCCAGGGCUCGGCUGACAGCCUCCCUGAGAAACUGCAGGCACCUGUGGGGGGCUCCAUUCUGGUGCAGUGCCAUUACCGACCCCAGGACAUCAAGGCUCGGAAGGUGUGGUGUCGGUUCGGGCCAGAGGGGUGCCAGCCCUUGGUGACCUCGGCUGUGGAUCGCAGAGCCCCAGGGCACAGGCGCACGUUUCUCACCGACAUGGGGAGCGGCCUGCUCCAGGUGGAGAUGGUUACCCUGCGGGAGGAGGAUGUGGGGGAGUACGGCUGCGUGGUGGAGGGAACGGCCGGGCCCCAGACGGUGCACAGAGUCGCUCUGGAGGUGCUCCCUGCGGCUCCUGGCCUCGGUGGGGAGGAGGAAGAGAACUAUAAGGCUGGCAGCCUGGCUGACGGCCCCUCCUCAGACCCUGCAGGCCGCGCCAGCCCUCCGGAACCCAGCCAGGAUAAGAGCAUCCCCUUGAUCUGGGGCGCUGUGCUCCUGCUGGCCCUGCUGGUGGCGGCGGCGGUGCUAUUUGCUGUGAUGGCCAAAAGGAAAGGUAGGUGGCUGUCCACCUGCCCAUCCCAGCAUGGCCCUGGUGGUCCUGUGUCAACCAGUCUUGCAGAUGAGGCCGGCAACCUAGGGAACAGGCGUGGUGCCUGUGGCCGAUUCCAGAACAGCGGAGUUCCAGGCACGACCCCCUCCUCAGUGGUCCACCACAUCAGUGACUCUGAACUGGCUGUCAGUUUGCCAUCGGACGUACCAUAUGUUAGGCUCGACUCACCACCUUCCUUCGACAAUACCACCUACACCAGCCUACCUCUUGAUCCCCCAUCAGGGAAAUCCCCACUCCCAGCCCCAUCCUCAUUGCCCGCUCUGCCUCCUAAGGUCCUGACCUGCUCCAAGCCUGUGACAUAUGCCACAGUCAUCUUCCCUGGAGGGGACCAGGGUGGAGAAGCCUCCUGUGAGCCAGCCCAGGAUCUACCUAAUAGCCAGACUCCCCCCAGCUAAGCUGCUCACCACCCUGUAUGCUCACAGAGACCUCCCCGGGUUCAGUGCAUCCAUCCAGCCAGCCCAUGCCCUAGAUCCUUAGCAUGUCACAGCAACUAGGGACUAGGAUCUAAUCUACUGUCUUGUCUUUUCUGACCUGGAAAGUGAUGCUUGCUUAUGAUUGAGGUGUUUCGGGAAAGCCCCCCAUGCUGGUUCCUCUGCCAUUACACCAUUGGGCUAAAUAAAUUCUACAUUAUGA